GGCCUCUUGUUGAUGGAUCCACCCAGGGGAGGAAAAAAAAUAAAAAACACAAAAGUUCCCAGAGAAGGCAGCAAAGUAGCAGCAGAGAGUUUCAGGGUGGUGGGAGGUGGUGGGGGCACCCUAUAGACCCCCUAUGCAGGCAGGGGAGUUUGCAUGUGUUGCAGGAAGGAGAUAGAGUUACAAGCCCAGUAGCAGAAUCCGGAUUAGUUGCAUUUACAUGAGCACCAGGAGGGGCGGAGAAGAAGAACAACACAGUGCUGUCAACAAGAGGCAGCAGGAGAAGAGUCGGUCCUGGCCCAGAAGGGGCUUCAGAGUGCAAUCUGCAAAGAAACUUUACUCUCCCACCUCCCCGCUACCAGAAGCCGAUCGUGGUGGCCGCUGUUCCCCCCUCCAGUUGUGUUGAGUGGAAUCGGCUUCCCUGAGAAUUUGUAAAAUCAGGGACAGGAGCGAAACAAACGACAGAGUCAGACAGCCGUGGAAAGGGAACCAGGAUCCGCUCCCGGCCCUGGUGAAUGCACUAAGGACUCUGCCUGCUGUCUGGGCCAGAUGGAGCCCCGGCUUGAGCAGGUGGAUCCUGUGGCCACCAAAGGGGAGGAUGUAAACACGGAAGGCACCAGACCUGAAACCUGCCCGCUCGAGGAAGGCACUGCUGGCCUGGGAGAGAGAACCCAGCUGGCAGCAGCUCAAGCCUGCCUGUUGAAUGGGCAGGAGCUAGGAAGCCCAGAGGAGACUGGGGUAUUGCACGGUGAGGAGGCUCCUUCAGGGCAGCGCAGCCCGAGCUGCCAGCCUGAAGAUGCCCCAACGAAGGGUCCGUCCCCGAGAGCAGGGCCCAGUGACGAAGCCGAGCAGCUGGAGCGUGGGGAGCCCGAAGGAGAGGCGGACCCCAAAGAGAAGCAGCGUCCCCCCACGGGAGGCAGCCAAACGGCAGGCGUUUCCUCCCGGCAAGCCUCCACCAUCGCUAGCCCUAGCCUGGGCGCCGUGGGGCAGGUGUCGGAGGCCACCAAGGCCCAGCCCCCAGCCCGCGAGCCCGAGCCCGACUUCUAUUGCGUGAAGUGGAUCAGCUGGAAAGGAGAGAGGACCCCCAUCAUCACCCAGAGCGAGAAUGGGCCCUGCCCGCUCCUAGCCAUCAUGAACAUCCUCUUCCUGCAGUGGAAGGUGAAGCUGUCCCCGCAGAAGGAAGUGAUCACGUCAGACGAGUUGAUGGCGCACCUUGGAGACUGCAUCUUAUCCAUCAAGCCCCAAGAGCAGUCAGAAGGGCUGCAGCUCAACUUCCAGCAGAACGUCAACGAUGCCAUGAUGGUCCUGCCCAAGAUGUCCACGGGCCUCGACGUGAACGUGAGGUUCACGGGAGUCUCCGACUUUGAGUACACCCCAGAGUGCAUUAUCUUUGACCUCCUGAACAUCCCGCUGUACCAUGGCUGGCUGGUGGAUCCCCAGAGCCCGGACGUGGCCCAGGCCGUGGGCAAGCUGAGCUACAACCAGCUGGUGGAGAAGAUCAUCACCUGCAAGCAUUCGAGUGACCCCAACCUGGUCACUGAAGGCCUGAUCGCCGAGCAGUUCCUGGAGUCCACGGCCUCGCAGCUGUCCUACCACGGCCUGUGCGAGCUCAUGGCCGCUGUCAAGGAGGGGGAGCUGAGCGUCUUCUUCAGAAACAACCACUUCAGCACCAUGAUCAAGCACCAGGGCCACCUGUACCUGCUGGUCACAGACCAGGGCUUCCUCCAGGAGGAGAAGGUGGCGUGGGAAAGCCUGCACAACGUGGAUGGGGACAGCUGCUUCUGUGACGCCGAGUUCCACCUGAGCCACACGCUGGGGAAGGAGGCGGCCGGCAGCUCCCCCCAGGAGCAGAGGCAGGUGGACCAGGACUACAUGAUAGCCCUGUCCCUGCAGCAGCAGCAGGGCCCCUCUGCCCUGAGCGACCUGGAGCUUGCACGCCAGCUGCAGCAGCAGCAGCCAGCAACGCCUCCUGUGCAGGGGAGAGCUCAGGCGGCCGGCCGGCCAGCCACGGAGCGCAGGCAGCGGCACAAGCCGGAGUCGGACUGCGUCCUCCUCUAGAGCCGCUCGCCCUCUGCCUGCUGCACGGGGACCCCCUUCCCGUCAGUCCUGCCGCAUCACCGUAAUAACUCCCCGACGGAGCUCGCCUCACCUCUCUUCCUCCCCCUGCACAGGGCCCACUUCCUGGAUGAGCUCCGUCCGGGCUUCCACGCUGGGCGGGUGGAACCUCCUGCCAUGCUGCGGGCGUGUCCCAGGGUCCUGACCUGUGCAUCGCCGCACGGCAGGGGGAGGGGUUGGAGCACUGGGCCUGGAAGGGACCUUGUGGGUGGAGCCUAAGUGGGCUGUGGGUGGAGCCUAAGUGGGCUGUGGGCGUCGCUGUAGGUUUGGCCUUGCCCCCGACGCCCUGCGCGGUGCCUCUGAGCUCACACCAAAGAUGCCCAGUGCUCUCCCGGCUAACGCCUGGGUCCGGGCCGUGGCUGUUCUCACCCUCACGGGCCCCCCUCCACGUUUCCUCCUGUCACGGCUCCGUGUUCAGGGCUCAGAGCCAGGACUCUGGGUUCCAUUCCCAGCUCGGGGGGGGGGUCUAGUGCUUGGAGCUGGUGGGGGCUGGGAGCCAGGACUCCUGGGUUCCAUUCCCAGCUCUCUCCAGCUGGGAUGCCGGGACAAGUUGCUUCCCGGUCUUGUGCUUCCAUUUCUCCAUCGGAUAGGGGGAAUGGGGAGAAACGGGGUGACAGGUCUGGCUCACCCACUCCUUCCUCAGACACCUAGGGAGCGACAGUUGGAAGAGGCGGUGAUGCCGCGGCCCGGUGCCUCUUGUGAACAGCCUGUGCAGGAUCUCUGGGGCAGGGGGAGCUCUUACAAACCUGGAGGGGCCCUUUCCACAGACCAUGUGUCCCUCUCCUGCCAGAAGUGCUAGGAAGGCUCUGUGAGGCGGGGCGCAGCCGGGGUGAUGCAGAAGGCCCCCCUGGGGUCUGGUUAACGAGCAGCCUUCUCAUCCCAGGGGAAAUGCAGGAUCUGACCAGCACAUCCUCCCACUGCCGCCUCUGCGAGUCUCCCUUCGGGUGGGCCCAGGUCUGAACUCCGCUUCACGGGCAAGGCUGCAUGGAGGCAGAGCCAGCAACGGGCGGGGGGAGGUCUGUCGGGCCAGGAGCUCUCUGUCCGGCCCAGUGACAUAAUCCGAGCUGCAGGAAGCGCGUUCUCAGGGUGCAUUAAUCCCCCUGAGCCUCAGAGCAGGGGGGAUGUUUGGGUGUUAAUUCCCAGCGGGGACAAAGCUCUCCCGUAGCCCUCCCCACAGCAGCGAGGGCCUAAACCAGGCCCCGUGGCACACAGCCACGAUGGAUGGACAGGGAGGGCGGUUGUUGCAUGGGCCAAACCUCACCGCCACCUGGCCGGGGGUGGGGGUGGGUACUCAGAGCCCCUCCUCUUGCUCGUGAGACUCUGGGUCACGUGGGAAACUCCUGAGCUUGUUGUGCAGUUAUCCCGGCUCCUGGGUGACUGCACACAGCACAGCCUCCCGGUGCUGGCCCGGAGGGUGUUUCCAGACCCGCCCCUAGGGGAGGCAGCGAGCCCCGGGGAGAAUUGACUGUGACGCUUGCUGGUCUUUCCAGGUUAGCAGUGGCCGAGUCCACCCCCUGUGCUGCAGGGACCACCCUAGGUCUAGGGCAGGGGUGGGGAAAAGGGCCUGCGUGGGCCGGAUCCAGCCCGCCAACUGGGUGGAUCUGGCCCACAGAGGGCCUGCUGCUCCCCUGCCCCCAGGCCAAUUAGGGCCUAGGGGAGGGUGAGCACGUGAAGCCUCCCUGCCCGGAGCAUGUGUAGCUUUGAAGUACCCCGUGCUCCUGGCAGGGUGGGAGGUGGCUUCCCACGCUCCCCCGCCCCCAGGUGUUGAUUGGCCGGGGGGGGGGGCAGGGA